UUUCAGCUAUGUGUGGGUGGCUCUUGGAUUGACACUGUUACCGUGGAAAUGGAUCCAUUAGAUGCUGGUACGGAUAAUGGUUUCACAUUUACGGCACCAAAUUGGCCUACCUCACCGCAGGGUGUUAUCUAUCGUAUAACAUCACGUUAUCCAGCUCAUCCAGCUGGUAGUUUCUUUUAUCCGAAAAGUAAACGUUUACCGCCAAUAGCAACAUUUCAAUUUAUAAAGCUCAAAGAGUAUGAAUUGAGUGAAGUUUUCAACUUUGCCGAGGAUGAUCGUAAAUAUGAGACAGUACAGACACAAACCCAUUUGGAGAUGGAACACAAUCAUGUGGAAAUGAAUAAUGAAUUGUCGGCGAGUAUAGAACGUGAGAGACAAAAUGAAAUAACACCACCACCAACAAGAGUUACUGAAAAAGAUCGUAUACGCUCGAAGUUAUUGGAGAAAAUGAAUCCCAUGGUUAAUUCUUCCUCAGCAAAUACUGGGGUCAUACCCAAAAAUGAUAAACAGGCUAUUAUGCAAAAUAUAGCCGACAGUUAUAGACGUAAUGAGUUAUCAUCACAGUCCUCAACAUUGCUACAUGCCACUACAAAUCGUCGGCGUCGCACGAAACGUCCACGCGAUUGUCGGGUAAGUCAUUGGUCCGAGUGGUCGGACUGCAGUAAAUCAUGUGGCAUUGGUGAAAUGCAUCGAUAUCGUAAAGUCAUUAAGCAUGGUAAACGUGGUGGCCGUCCAUGUCCGCCUUUAAAAGAAUCAAAAUGGUGUGGUUCCGAAAAGGGUUGCCAUAAACCAGAGACCUAUUUUAAUUGGUCUAAUACAUGAAUAUAUAAACUCAACCA